GCUCACGGGGGGCUCGGCCGGGGCUCAGCCCCGCUCUGGGGGGUUUUGGUGGCCGCAGCGCGGGGUCCGUGCUGGGAGCAGCCCGGUGGAUAUCACCGAAAUGGCCCAGGUCAUUGAGGGUUUCCGCUUUGCGAUGGUCUGCGAGGAUGCUGCAAGGCUGCGUGGCUGCCUGGAGCUGUUCGGACUGAAUCACUGCGGUUUGGGGUUUUCCGUGUAGCGUGACCGUGUCUUGCUAUGGAAAAUUUAAAAGAUGCUAAUUUCCUUUAAAAGCCAGGAAAGGUAGUAAAGUGGCAUGGCAGGAUCCUUACAACAAGAAAAAAAUGUUAUGUUAAUGAGAAAUUAAUCCCUGUUUCACAGGAGCAGAACUGAAGUUAGUAGCGGGCAGGAUGCUGGGUGGAAUCAGAGCACUUUAGUUACUUGCCCUGUAUUACUUUUAUAACCCAUUUGUUCAGAUGAUACAAAUCAAAAGCUGCUGUAAUGAAACCAUGAUUUUCAGCUCUGAGAGCCUAAAAAGCACAAGUGGACUUUAAUCACGAGUUUGUUGCAUUAACAUUUUAUUACCGUUUUAUAGUCUGUUUGAUUUUACCAGGCAACACACUACAAACCUGAAGUUAUCCUCGCCUGGCACCUCUUUUUGUAUAUAUAUAUUUCUAGGCUCCUACUUUCUGUUGUGCCAGUUGGUUGUAAAAGCACACAUUAAAAUAGCAUUUGAGGCAGAAAUGAACACAAAGGAGAUCUUCAGAAAAGUGUGUCAGAGUUCUUGUAAACGUGAGAAAGGAUGAAGCUGUGGGAGGAGCAGGUUAGUCAAAUAAUGAAAAGGAAAAAAAAAAAAUGUAGCUAUUUAUAUGCAAAGAGGUCUGCCUUGCAAACUGCCAAAAGUGGUCGGAAACUGAAGCAGCAGCUCUGUGUCCUGUGCGGGCUGGGGAGCAGAUCCGAGCCACCUGCCCCACCACGACUCCAUCACAGCCCUGCGGUGGGUGGUGAGCGUGCUCAGGUGUCACAAGUGCCACCUGGAGCCCUGGGAAGUGGCCACUCCUCUGACAUUCCCUUCAGUUCUCCUGCCUAUGGGGCAAACCUGCUCGGUGACAGCGGCAGAAACAGAAGCGUGACCCUGGGAUGAGAGAUGAGACUGGGAAGCAGCGAUUCCUGCUUGGGUUGGAUAUUCUUGGCCAGUGAAACCAGGAACUACCUAAGCAAGCACUCGCUGGAAGUCUUUACAGAGAUUAGAGAUUUGCAGGCACGGGGGAAGAUGGGAUCAGCCACUAACAAAAGAAAUACCCACCAGCUUAGGGAGAUCAGCAUCCAGCUGCUGCUGCCUCAUGACUGCAAACUCCUCCAGGCAGUUUUAAUCUUUUUUUGUGUGUGUGUCUUUGCAGCACGGAACAUGCUGGGGAGGAUCCUGCCCUCCCAUUUGAGGCUCUAUGCCCUGCAGUAGCAGAGAAUCAUUGCUCUGUUUUCUGCUGCUCAUUUUGCUCAGUCCAUCCCAAAAAGCAUCACUGAGCGCUUGUUUUGCUUUUCUUUAUUUUAGUUGGGUGUGCCAAGCCCAGAAUCCUGACUUUGUACAGAUGAAGGUGCUCAUAUACAGGUCGCCAUACAUUGUGCUUUACCAUUUAGGUUUUUUGUCUUCCUCGUGUGUUCCUUGAGGUGCUGCCUGUAAGUUGAUUAUUCAGUGCCUGGGACAUUUGUAUCUUGUGCAAUCUCAGUGAAUGGUGGAAAAGUUUUGCAAGACUCUGCACCCAUGGAACAGAGUUGGCAGCUUUUUGCUGGUGGGUUAGUGAGAUGCUGGGUAUGAUUUCAGGGGAAAGGUUCCCCCUUUGGAUUUUGUACUUAAUGAAUUGAGGUUGCUGUGUUAAGGCAACAGUAAGAGUUAUCAGCCAUGCACAGGCUGUUACGGGUGUGAAAUGCAUUGGCCUGGGUUUCUCUGGCCACCCUGAAGGGUGCUGUGCUUCCCCAGCACAGUUAAAAACUGCAUUGUCUUGGUCUGGUGAGGGGCUUAUCCUUGUGCAGAGAAGCAGAAUUUGGGAGCUGGAGCAGCCCAGAGCACGCCCCAGGCAGGAUCAGGGGCUUUGUCCACAGGGUCGGUGGCAGCGUGGCUCUCCCUGCACCUGUGCCCAGCUAUGCCAGCCCUCUGUGGCCGUGGGAUCUCCUCUCCUGCAGCCACUCUCCCUUUUCAAAACUGAUUUAUUCCUAGGCCUGCCCACCACAGAAUUAGUUGUGUUGCAUCUUGGCCCUGAGUGACCCGGUGGCGUGCGAGCGCGGCCGCUGAACGGCGGGAUUGGAGAACAAAGAGUUCCUGCACGCACGGUCCGGGGACAACGCUCCCACAGAGAUCAGAAUGGUCUUGGCUCAGACUUUCACCAUCUCCCUACUGAAGUAAGUGCUGAAAAUUGCAUCUCCUGGACAGGCUGGUCCUCGCUGCCCAUCAGAGCCACCCUGGCCACCAGCCCACCUCAAUCUGCCACUGGAUUCUGCAUUCCCGUUCAUGGCAAUGCCCCAGAACUCCACCAGAGAAAAUGGCUUUUGUUUCGCUCAGCCCCUCGACUUCUCCCGCCCGUCCCCUCACGGCGGCGAGGCCGGCCGGCCGCUGGGUGCAGCGGUGGAGGGCAAUGGCUGCAGCCUUCCCCUGAGCAAUGGCAUGGCACCCUCGGGAGCCCCCAGCCCCUCGGGCUCCUGUGCCGAGCCCCUCUGCCUGCCCAGCCCGGCGCAGGACGAGACACCGCUCGAAGAAGGGAUCAAAUACGUGUCUGCUGAAGGGGAGGAACUGGCCUGCGGCUGGGGGGGCUUCACCCCCGGCUGCUUGCAGCUCUGCAACACGUCCAAAGGGGUCUUGUUCUUCCUCUGCGUGGCCUCCUUCCUGCAGGGCAUGACCGUGAACGGCUUCAUCAACACCGUCAUCACCUCCAUCGAGCGCCGCUUCGACCUGCGCAGCUACCAGAGCGGGCUGAUCGCCAGCUCCUACGACAUCGCGGCCUGCGUCUGCCUGACCUUCGUCAGCUACUUCGGGGGCAACGGCCACAAGCCCCGCUGGCUGGGCUGGGGCAUGCUGCUCAUGGGCUUGGGCUCCCUGCUCUUCGCCCUGCCCCACUUCACCACGGGGCGCUACGAGGCGCGCUCGGCGGCCCAGGUGGGCGUCUGCGGGGGGAACCAGAGCCUGCCCUGCUCCCAGGCUGCCUCCAGCCUCUCUGGCUACAGGUUUGUCUUCAUGCUGGGGCAGUUCCUGCACGGGAUGGGAGCCACGCCGCUCUACACGCUCGGCGUCACCUACUUAGAUGAAAACGUCAAGACCAACUACUCCCCUGUGUACAUUGCUGUUUUCUACACUGCUGCAAUCCUUGGGCCUGCAGCGGGUUAUCUGGUAGGAGGAAUGUUUCUAAAUAUUUAUACUGAAAUUGGCAGAGAGACUGACAUGGCCCCCGAGAACAUGCUGUGGGUGGGGGCCUGGUGGAUCGGCUUCCUGGGGGCUGGAGCUGCCUCCCUCCUCAUCUCCAUCCCCAUCCUGGGCUACCCCCAGCGCCUCCCAGGCUCCCAGCGCUACAUCGUCAUGAGGGUGUCAGAGGCUCAUCAGCUGAAGGAUGGCAGCCACAAAAAAGCAUCGGAUCCGGACUUUGGGAAAACAGUGAAAGAUCUGCCUCGGUCAGUGCUGCUACUUCUGAAGAACUCCACCUUCAUCUUCCUCUGCUUAGCAGGAGCAACCGAAGCGACCCUGAUUGCUGGGAUGUCCACCUUUGGACCCAAAUUCCUGGAGUCUCAGUUUAGCUUAAGUGCCUCUGAAGCUGCCACCUUUUUUGGUUAUCUGGUCGUGCCAGCCGGAGGGGGAGGCACAUUCCUGGGAGGAUUCCUCGUGAAUAAAUUUAAACUGCGCUGCUCAGGAAUCAUCAAGUUGUGUUUGCUUUGCACAGUGUCGAGUCUGCUGGCCAUAUUCAUUUUUUUUAUCCACUGCCCUAACAUGCCCAUGGCAGGAGUAACCCAGAUGUACGACGGAAGUGCUUUGCCAGGUGGGCACCUCAACCUGACAGCAGCCUGCAAUGCCCAGUGUGGCUGUUUGCAGGACACCUACAGCCCUGUCUGUGGCACUGAUGGCAUCAUGUACUACUCCCCCUGCCACGCUGGCUGCAGAAGCGUGUCUGUAAACCCCAGGAAUGGCAAGAAGGUCUACCAAGAGUGCAGCUGUGUUGACAAAGCCCUCCUGCCUGACUCUGGCAAAGCAGAGGCAGGGAAAUGCACCUCCUUGUGUGCCAAAAAGCCCUUGCUCCUGUGCUUCAUGUUCGUGGUCAUCCUCUUCACCUUCCUGAGCAGCAUUCCUGCCCUGACUGCCACUCUGAGGUGUGUCUCUGACAGACAAAGGUCCUUUGCACUCGGGAUCCAGUGGAUUGUGGUACGAACCUUAGGAGGCAUCCCCGGUCCCAUUGCCUUUGGCUCCAUGAUUGAUAAGUCCUGCCUGCUCUGGCAGGACCAGUGUGGAGAGCAGGGCUCCUGCUACAUUUACCAGAACUCAGCCAUGAGCCGAUACACCCUCGUCGCUGGACUGGUCUACAAGGUCCUUGGGACAACCUUCUUUGUAGUGGCCUGUUUACUCUACAAACCCCCACCUCCAGAGUCAGCUCCAGGCAGCUUGGAUGCAUCUGAAAAUGGCACCAGUGACCUCCAGGAGCACAAGCCUUCACUGCCAGCUGAAGAGGAUAUAUAGUGCUGUCCACAUGCAAGUGACUUUUUUCAGCCUCAGAAAUACCACAAGAAGACAUUAUGCAGUUUCCCAAGGGGUUUUUAAAUCAACAGUAAUAUUUUAAAUUUUUAUUCUUUUUUUAGUUGAAGAUAAAUAAUUUAAGUAACCACGGUGUGCUUUGCUAUUUUCUUAACAGCAGAAGCACAUUUAAAGUUGUGCGCUGGUGCCACGUGCAGUUAUUUAAUUUUAUUUAAAGAAAGGGCUACUGUAGCUUUAUUCUGUGUCUGUGACAAGCCAGGACCACGUUCUCCACUCGUGGAAGUAAUCACUGGUAACUCCAAUGGAGCAUGUGGGGUUUAAACCGCCAGAGGAUCUGGGUCAAAUGUAUUGAAUAUCUCAAUUGUAAAGCCAACUGUAGCAAAACUCCUGUUGGGACUUCCAAGCUGGGGAGGAGCACUGCUGUUCUGCUGUCUGCACUGCAAAGGGGUCAGCUGGCCCUUGAACUGCUGCACACAAAGCAGACAGCCCUGGCAGUGUCCUCCUCCUUCCCAUGGCACACAGAAUCACUCUGUUCAGGAGCAGCUUCUCUCAUUAUGCAAGUUCCUAUUAGUGGGAGAGGAGAUUUGAUUAGCAAAUCCAUCAGUACACUACAGGCAGCCAUUCCCUGAGCUGCCAAGCACUGUACACUCACUGCCUCACUCAUUGCAGGGUUUACACCAUGGUGACACUUCGGUUUUUUUAUUUGUGUUGUUUAAAAGUGAUGCCUUUUGUAAUGUACUGUGCAGAACUUGAACUUCUUGCUGUUUGCUGGGCGUGGGAAGAUGUGAGAUACAGAUCUAUGCAAUGUUCAUCUGGGGCUGUUCUGUAAAGACAGUGGCUUUGGGUAAACAGAAAGGUUGGAGUGAAUUUAGUUUGUCUCUAGACCAGUAGCCUGAGGGACAGGUCUGCCUUGGAGAAGGGGGAUGCUGGCUUGUAUCUGGCCUGCUUGCAAGGAGAGAGGACAGUGUACCCAAAAUGACCUUUGAAUGUGCUCUUGCAAUAUUGAUCAGGACAUUUCUGAGGGGCAGAAGUGGAAUUGGGGCGUGUGGGAGUCUGGCUUCGCUCUGAGUGCAGGUCGGGCUGGGUUGGUGCUUGGUGUGCCAGUGUUUGCACAGCCGCGGGGUCCAGGUGCAUCCCCAGGGGAGGCAGAGGGAUCUCCUGGAGCCCUGCCUGCUGUGACCGUGUUCACAGGACAGCACCUGCCCCACUGAGCUGCACAACUGGCACUUCCUUCCUGCCAGCUCCCACUCAGAAUUACUUUGUAGGUGUUUUUGUAUAUUUUGUGUAUUUACGCUUCCACAAAUGGACACAGGAUGGGCAUUUGCUUCCUUCGUUAGCAAAGGACUGACUCUCAGAGUGUUCCUGUUGCAGACAGGGAUGGUGCUGCUGGGAGUGUAGUUGAUAUUCAGGUCAGUGGAGGAAAGCAGCUUCUUCCAUUCACAGAUCCCCUUCCAACAAAGCCACAGGGUGGCCUCCCUGCUCCCAAAGCCCUUGUUUCCCAGCCCCUGUCGAGUGCUGGGACAGACUGUGCACCCCCUGCCCCAUCCCUGAAGUGCUCAGUGCCAGCUUGGGUGGGGUUUUGAGCAAACCUGUUGAGCUGAAGAUGUUUCUGCCCACAGCAGGGGAUUGCAGCAAAAUGAUCUUUAACCCAAACUAUUCAAUGAUUCAGUUUCUAUCUCCAGUAACUGCUGGAAAAACUAGAAGUGAUAAGGGCGAGCUGGAUGGUGGCUUUUGGCUGCUUGUGGAAGGGCAGCUGGUGCAGCUUUGAUGGGGCACUGUGUGAAGGAGAGCCCUGUUUUUCUAGGGAGGCAGGAUUAGACCCACUGAUGCAGGAUUUAACCCCAGCACUGCCUCAACACCUUCACCUGGGUUUGGAGCCACCUGCAAGCAUGAGCCUGUCUCCAGGCCUUGCCCUUCCCAGCUUAGACACCUUGGGUACAAGCAGGGAUCUUAGAUGGGGAAAUGCAUGAAUGUAUUUUGGGAGCUUAUUUUAUGUAUGAUGUAUUUAUGAAAGUUAGAAGUUUCUCUUCAUAUAUAUAUAUUACAUAUAUAUAUAUAAUAUAUAUAUGUGUGGGUGUGUAUAUAUAUAUAAUAUAUAUAUAUGUGUGGGUGUAUAUAUAUAUAUAUAUAUAUAUAUAUAUAUAUAUAUACAUGGAUAUUGCAAUGCAAUUUUAGUGUUUAUAAAAUGAGCUUUAUCUGAGUGUGUUGUUUUCAGGGCUAAACAAAAGCUCCUGGGAUUCUGGGCAGUUAUUAUGUUGCUGUGGGACUGGUAAUUCAAGGACUUUAGUAAGCAGCAACACGGUAUUCCUGUUCCAUAACCAGGCUGUUCAGGUGUACAGGUAAUUUAAAAUAUUUGGAAGUAUGUUUCCCAAUCUGAUAUGAAGUAUUAUAUUGCUAUAAAAGUAUAGAAAUAUAACCACUCUUUCACAGGUA